AUGGGCUGGUGGUGGAGCUCCACACCACGCAAAGAUGAGCAGCAAAGCUCCGCUCAGCCCCCAUCUCCUGCGCCCUUGGAGGAAGCAGGGCAACCUCCCCAGCCGUCCGCUGUGCCGCCAAAACCGUCGAAGCCGAUAACGCGCGAUGAACAGGCGGAAGCAGAAUUCAAAGAAUUUCUUGCCGGCCUCGAGGGAACGGCAAAACCGUCCUCCAACGCCCAACCCGCCGAAGAAGCGGAGACGAAAAAGCCCAAAGACCCUCCUGCUUCGAUCCAUCCCGAGUCAUUGUAUCCAGACACCAUGGACUGCCGCUCUGCGUUCGACUACGCAUUCUUCUGCCAAUCCUUUGGCGGCCAGUUUGUCAACAUCUAUCGCUACGGCGAGCUGCGGUCCUGCAGUGAACACUGGAAGAAUUUCUGGUUCUGCAUGAAGUCCAAGGCCUACCCGGACGAGCAACGCAAGGAGAUGAUCCGGGAUCAUUACCGGAAAAAGGCCAUCAAAUACAAAACGGGCCCGAGCAGCGAGGAUGUGUGGGAGGUCCGAACGGAGCCGGUGAAGAAUGCCUUCCAGGGAGAUUUCGCUGCUCUUGAAAGGCGGAUGAAAGAAGAAGAAGAAGAAGUGGCUCGUCGGCAACAAUGA